CGCUGCUGCCGCUGCGGUGUGGCCCCGCCCCUCCCCUCCGUCAACAACUGGAUCCCAGCUAUUUGUAUUUCCAUCGCUAGCCUGCUCGCAGCGAUCCAACCGCGGAGCAAACCGCCAUCCCGGGCGGACAUGUUUUCGUUUUCGCCUAUUUGAGACACACACCGUCGACAGCCGGUGCCGAUGUGCGGCCAGAACCGGCGCAAGGAGCCACGGAGAGCGGAGAGAUCGGCCCGCACAGCGUCCUCUUAUAGCCGCCGCUGAAGCAGCUAACGCGGCUAACACUUGACUGGAGAUCAAGCUAGCUGGCUGGCUGACAGCUGGUCCGGCUAGCUCCGCGUCCUCAACACUAAAGUGGAUUCACUCGCUGGAACAAUGACUUGUCUCUGACAGUGAGAGCACCGAGGCCCAGCUGGUUGUCACACUGGUGGAAGCAGAACCCAUUACUAGCAAGGUGGGUCUGUGCAGAGUCUGCGGUGAAGUGGGUGAACAGAACCAACCAAGUGGCCCAUGCCCUUAGAUUUGACCUGCCACAGCUGCCAGUAUGAUGCCGAUGAUAUUGACAGUGUACCUCAGCGAUGGGGAACAGGCCGUGACUGAGGUGCCCAUCACCCCUGAGACGACGUGCCGCGAUGUCGUCGAGUUUUGCAAAGAGCCCGGCGAGAGCGGCUGCCACCUGGCUGAGGUCUGGAGAGGCAACGAGCGAGCUAUCCCCUUCGAGCACAUGAUGUACGAACACCUGCAGAAGUGGGGGCCACGGAAACAAGAGGUCAAGUUCUUCCUGCGGCACGAAGAUUCACCAACUGAGAGCAGCGAUCAAGGGAGUCAGCAGUCUCAGGAUCAGACGAGUCGCAGGAGUGGAAACACUGGAGAGAAGCACAAUGAGAACGGGGUGGGGAAUCAGCGUGUGGAACUCACGCUGUCAGAGCUGCAAGAGAUGGCCACACGGCAGCAGCAGCAAAUCGAGGCUCAGCAGCAGAUGCUUGUGGCGAAGGAGCAACGUUUGCGUUACCUUAAGCAGCAGGAGCGGCGUCAGCAGCAAACCGUAUCGGAGAGCGAGAAGCUGCAGAGGCUAAAGGAACGCGUGGAGAGCCAGGAGGCAAAGCUGAAGAAGAUCCGGGCAAUGAGAGGCCAGGUGGACUACAGCAAGGUCAUCAACGGCAACUUGUCUGUAGAGAUUGAGCAAGUCAGCAGCUUGUUCCAAGAGAAGCAGGCAGAGUUACAGUCAGCUGUGCUAAGGGUGGAGCAGCUCAGCCUGCAGCUGGAGGACCUGCGGAGAGGAAAGCUAAACGGCAUACAGACCGUCUUGGGUGGCCAAGUAACCGGCGCCGCAGCCCUGGAGCUCCGUAAGCUCUACCAGGAGCUUCAGAUUCGGAACAAGUUGAACCAGGAGCAGAACAGCAAGCUGCAGCAGCAGAAGGAGCUUUUGAACAAACGCAACAUGGAAGUGACGCUCAUGGACAAGCGCAUCAGUGAGCUGCGGGAACGCCUCUACAAGAAAAAAGCUGAGGCACGUCAAAAAGAAAACCUCCCUCUGAACAGAGCCAACGGGCCUCCGUCUCCACAGCCAGCUCCUGGGACUCUGGGGCGCGUCGCCGCUGUCGGGCCGUACAUCCAAGUCCCUGUAUCGGGCCGACAGGAAGGAGGCUACACCAUGCCACCCGAUCCACUGAAGCCUCAGACCCUGGGUGUCAAUAAUCAAGCCAACCACGGCCGCACCAAGUCAGCUAAUGACGCUGGUUGGCCGACUCUGGGUAAGACGAACUCCACUCUAAAACCUCCUGAGAGAAGAGACUCGGGGUCUGAUACCCAGGGAAAAAGCCCCCCCUCAGGCUCGCCAGUCGCUCCAAGUGCAGAAAAGGUGCUAGAACCCAAAAUGGUCGUCUCCUCCCCUGUCAUAUCCAAGCCACAGCCGCCUCCCUAUGGCUCCCACCUCAUCUCUGCGAACUCCGCCAGCUCCUUGGAGCGCCGAAAGGAUGCGCUGCCUCCUCCUCGCCCACUCCCAAACCCGCCAGCUCCCGCUUGGCCCCGCACCCCCUCCUCCACAGGCUCAUCCUCCCAGCAGAUCCAGCAGCGAAUCUCGGUGCCACCGAGCCCCACCCUACAGCCCAACGUGCCGCUUUUCCCUCCCGGGCUGAGCGAGCGUCUCGAUCCACCGCCGGCUGUGGCAGUACGGCCUUUCAUCCCAGACAGAGGGUCGCGGCCUCAGUCGCCCCGUAAAGGUCCACCCACCAUGAACUCCAGCUCCAUCUAUCACAUGUAUCUCCAGCAGGCAGCGCCAAAGAGCCAGCCACUCAAGCCUGCUCUCAAAGCCGUUUACGGAAAGCCUGUACUCCCCUCUAGCUCGACACCCCCCUCGCCUCUGCCUUUCGUUCAGGCAGGCGGGGCCUUCCCAUUGCUCCAGGGCCCACCUGGCGGUGACGACACUCUGGACGGAGAAAUUGAUGAUCUCGAGGGCUUCCAGCACCUGGAGCCCUCAGCGCCUCCUCCCAGCGUGGAGAACAUCCCACGACCACUCAGCCCUACGAAGCUUACACCCAUGGUACACUCCCCGCUGCGCUACCAAAGUGACGCCGACCUCGAGGUGCUCCGUAAAAAGCUGGCCAACGCCCCGAGACCCCUCAAGAAGCGCAGCUCCAUCACAGAACCAGAGGGCCCCAGCGGACCCAACAUCCAGAAACUGCUCUACCAGAGAUUCAACACUCUCGCCGGAGGGAUCGAGGGAAAUGGAGUCAGUGGAUCAGGAGGAGGCAACGGUGCAGGGAACGGAACGCCGUUUUAUCAGCCGGCCAAUCCUCCUGGAUAUCUGGGAGGGGACUCUCUGGCUGAUACAGACAAUGGCAACCUCCCGUCCGGAAUGCCGCUACCGCCGCCACCUGGGGCAGAGGAGCUGGGCUCUGAGGCCCCACCUCCAUCUACCGACGCUAACGACAACGAGCCGCCCUCGUCGCCAGAAGGGCUGGAGGAUCCCGCUGAAGAGGAGGAAGCAGACGACGACAAUAACAACAACGUGGGAACCUCGGAGGCGUCGCUGCCGAGCCCGGUGCUGGAGGUCACCACUCCAGAGGAGAGCGGCAUGGCGGCCUCACAGCCUCUGGAGAAACGCACAAACCUGAAGAAGCCGAACUCCGAGCGCACAGGUCACGGCUUCAGAGUCAAGUUCAACCCUCUGGCUCUGCUGCUCGACGCCUCCUUAGAGGGAGAGUUUGAUCUCGUCCAGAGGAUCAUCUACGAGGUGGAGAAUCCAAGCACUGCCAACGACGAGGGCAUCACACCCCUGCACAACGCCGUGUGCGCUGGACAUCACCACAUAGUCAAGUUCCUGCUGGAUUUCGGCGUGAACGUCAACGCUGCCGACAGCGAUGGAUGGACUCCGCUCCACUGCGCCGCUUCCUGUAACAGCGUUCAUCUCUGCAAGUUGUUGGUGGAGUCGGGCGCGGCCAUCUUCGCUAGCACCAUCAGUGAUGUGGAGACUGCGGCAGAAAAGUGCGAAGAAAUGGAAGAGGGUUACAUCCAAUGCUCCCAGUUUUUAUACGGUGUUCAGGAGAAGUUGGGUGUAAUGAACAAGGGGACAGUUUACGCUCUGUGGAACCAUGAUGCUCAGAACCAGGACGAGUUGUCGUUCAGCGAGGGGGACGCCAUCACCAUCGUGCGGCGACAGGACGACCGCGAAACCGAUUGGUGGUGGGCGCGACUGGAAGUCAACGAGGGCUACGUGCCACGCAACCUGAUCGGGCUCUAUCCUCGCAUCAAACCUCGUCAGCGCUCGCUGGCGUAGCGUCUCUCACUGACCUGUGGCGAACAGCUGGACCAGCGACAAAAACCAAGAGCAGAGAACAAAAAGGAGCGCAGUGCUCCGACUUCUCCCCCGUGGCCAUAACCUCUCACCCCCCCCACCAACUCCCACCUCCGAAAAAACCACCGGCAUUGUGCUUCUUUCAAAAAUCCUUUUCCUUUGAAGCAGUCGGCACUGAACUCUGACGCACACAUAUUUCCAUCGCAUAGACACACACACACACACACACACACACACACACACACACACGAUGAAAUGCAAGCACUCCACACACACACACACACACACCUGUCAACUUGUCUGUUCAUUGUCCCAAUUUGAUUUUUCUCCCGGCUCAGUGUCAGCUCUGUAUCAGACGUGGACUUGAAGAAUAAAACACUAACCCCUCAUCUCAGUAUUUCUUGCAGUUCUCGCUCUUCUUCCGUCGUCUUCUCCCUGAAGGUGCCACCAGUUUAUUUGCGUUUGUAUGAUGACGAGAAAAAUCUUCGUUAAUGGUAAGAAAUUUCUGUGAUGCAGAGUUUUUUAAUGUCAAUUUAAUCCCCCUGCACGAAGAAACACUCACACAGUGUUUUCACCAAAGAUGAAAAUAUAUAUUUUAUCUCAGCGCCUCCCUAAGACCCUGCAGAGAGGCAGAGGUGUGACGGCUCCCACAAGUUCAGGUCCUUCCAGAUUUUCUCACGGAGUAGGAAAAUGGAAAACUGUAAAUCCUCAGUGUUAAGGCCACAGACCAGACAAAACAAAUCCAGUGUAUGAAAGCAAAGAUGAACAAAGAUUUCACUCAUGACCAAAACGUGACCGGUUUGUUUACUCUGUGUUCAGCUCAAGAUGUUUGGCUGCAACAUGAAUAGAUUUGAAAUGAGGCUCCUGACAAUAAUCUGUUUUUCUCUGUUAUAUAUUUCAAGAUGUAUUAAACAGUUUGAAUCACCGACUGAAUCUAAAGGUGGACGACACGUCUCCACUUCCCUCCACUCUCCAGAAAUGAGGCCAAAAUAUCCUGGAAUCGAACUCUGCCAUCUUGUACUUGGAGCCAAGUCUCUCAAGGUCCGUCGAUACACAUGCACAACCAAACACACUUAAAACCAAUCUUACUGGAAAAAUCUAAAAAAAAAACACAAACCAUCUUAAAAAAAAAAAAAAUUUGACGUGUACUUUUGGACCAUGUCCCAUUUGCAAACAUGGAGGAGGCCGGAUAUAUUACCUAUACUACAUCCAGCCACCAGGUGGUGAUCAAGGCGCUUUGGCUUCACUUUUGUGGAGCCGUCAUGUCGUCCAUCUUUAUGAGCAGUCUUGAUAUUUGCAUUGUGUUUAUAUUUCCGUGCUGCAGUUUAGAUUUCGUCAUUGGAAACGGAUUUAAAAAAUCAUCAGUAUUUCAUUUACCAAAAAAAACUUGCCAAAUAUAACGAGAGAGUAUCUGAAUGGAAGAUUCAAACCUUAAACAUCUGUAACUUUUGGUAUUUCAGGGAUUAUUAAAUGGGAAAUAAUCAACCAGAAUAAGUUUGAUCAAAAGUUUGAGUUAUAAAUUAAAAGAUUUGAUCUGAUGCAGGGGCAGAAAGGUUUUUAUCAUGAAUGUUAUUGUCAGAUGAAGUUUUUUAUCGAUCAAAUCAUUCACAGUAUGAAUCACGUUUCUAAUUCUUUCAUUUAAUAUUUUCAAUCUACGAUAAAUCUAAUCUCACUAUCUGCAUUUUAAGAUUUUUGCCUUCUUGUGAUUUAACUUGACAACGUGUAAAACAGAGCAAUGAAACCGACACUGGAAUCAUCAGUCGGACCAUCUCACCAUUUAAGUUCAUUUAAAUGUUUCCGUCUACCAGCUGCUACGUUUCUCUCGGGUUCUAACUACGAACUUCACUUUCACACACUUAAAUCUCAGGACCGACACGGUGCUGCCGACACUGUUUCACCACUAAACUAGUGAUCGUGUUUCUGUUUUUAUUCUCAACCAACGUCACCUUCAUACGAGCAGUGAACAAAACUGAAUUACUGUCCAGGAUAUAUGCUCAUUAGUUACUGAUGCAUGAAGAUGAUUGAAACAAAGGUUCGGAUUCAAAGUUUGACCCAUUCUCCUCCAGUUCAGCUCUGACACUAAUAAUCCGAGUUAUUAUCCGUCACUGACCAUCAGAGUCCAGCAGCUUGUUCUGAACCUCCAGUGACUUGAGUGUGCGAGUUCAUCACGGUGAACGGAGUGCGAGGGGAUGAGUCACAUGUCUGUUUUCUGUAUGAACGAGGUUUUGUUUUUCUGUAUAAACACUGUAACUCACACAUGACUCAAAUAAUGUAAAUGUGAACAAUAAAACUGAAGCUCUGGCAUGAACAGUGUCACUCAGUGUUGUUUUAACAGAGGAACUAAAAAUACACAAGUGUUUCAUUUGAUAAAAUGUAGAAAUACUGUAUGAAGCCAGUAUUAACCCUGGGUUAAAGGGACAUUCUAAUCAUUGUAAUCUUCAGACGAUUACUUUAGCAGCAAAAUGCUUUAAAUAAAUAAACAAAUGCAAACAGUCAAUAAACAUAAUUGUUAAUAUUAUGGGACUUAGUCAGUCGUUCUCUGUGCCACCCCCCCCCCUCUCAGCUUUGCCUACUCUGUUGCAGUGACCCUGUAUGGACCACAGGGUGGCAGUCUAACAGGCUUCUUUUUUCUCUCUGUAGAAACAUGAUCAUGAAGAAGGAACAUUUAGUGAUUCUCAUUCUGAUGUAACUGACAUGUGAGCGACGAGUGCGGAGAAUCUGUCGGAUCCAUUAGAUGGAGCCAUGAGUCUGUUUACUACGAGGGUCUUUGAUGUUCAGCCUCUUUAAAACAUUCUGUUCGGCUUUCAUUUGAUUCUUGAUUUAUUGUUCUGUUCUUUUUAAAGGUUCAGAUUUUAUUCACGUCUUUCUUACUCUGUUGUGUAUUUUAAAAUUCCAUCAACGUUACUGAUAUGGCAACAAAGAACUGAAUCUUUUUUCUGUGCAGACUCAUGGAGCUGGUGAUCGUUAACUGAACACAAAAACUCCUAAAUGCUUUUCUCCCAUUUAUUUUCAUCCGGGCAUUGUACAAUGGAAGGCAACAUUUAAAUUAUAAAAGUUCAGAGGAGGCGUCCGACACUCGCUGGAUUCACACUGAGCUGCUCGGGAGACAAACUCACAUCAGACGUCGCGUCCACAUGUGAGUAGAAACACUUCACAUGUGAAUCACAGAAUGUUUUUAGUGAAUCCAGCGGGCGCAGGAAACAAAUAUCUAUUCAAAUAAAAACAUCAACAUUAGGGGGCGCUCUCUCCAGAAGGGGGAAAACAGGUGUAUUGCAUUGUUUGGGUAUGGUUUAAAUGGCAUUUAGCAGAAUAAUUAUGAACUCAUGUGCAUGUAUAACAAGCACGCAACCUUAUAUAUAGAUAUAGAUAUAGAUAUAUGUAAUCUAUGACGAUGAGUGUCCACACUUGUUGAGAUAUCGAGGCCUUGAAGUACCCACUCAACAAUCAGAGUCAACAGAGUUAAGGCCAGCUCUUAACAGGAAGUAGAUCAAAUAAAACAUACAGAUAUAUAAAUGCUGCGCGUCAAUAAUGAUGACAACAAAGAAAACUCAGCUGCGUCACUUCCUGUUUGAAGAUGCGUCUCGGUCCUCGCAGCAGGAGAGCGGCGGCGUCACCAGGAAGUUCAGUUUCAGUCUUUCUACAAAAAAAGCGACCGCGAAAGCAGCCCCCCCGCUCGAUCUAUCAAAUCAGUCUGUACAAAAUGGCCCCUCGUGUUUUUUUCCUUCCUGUUUGGAUCAAGCGUCGAAGCCCUGAAGGA